UUUGCAGUCUUUAAUCUCAGCAACACUUCCCCAAAUCUCUUCGGAUACAUCACCCCAGAAGAUACUUCCAUGAGACCAAUUACAUAGAAAUCUCCUUCUCUACACAUACACACACACACACACAGAGACUUGAAUUACAAUCAAUCUGUGUGUGUAUACAGAGAAUUUUGCAGCCAUGGCCGGCCAUCCAGAUGAUUUGGACGAGCUCCUUGAUAGUGCUUUGGAUGAUUUUCAGAAUCUCAAUCUUGCUCCUUCCACUCGGAGAAGUGGGGAAGUAGAUGGAAAACAAGGGCAGGGGAAGAAGGAAGAAUCCGGUUCGUUGCCAACUGGGGUUCAAGGUCUCGGUAUGGGGUUACCUGACUUGAAUAACAAAAAGAAGGGCAAGCAAAAAGCUGCGAAGGAGACACAUGUUGCAGAGGCCCUUGAUAAGCUUAGGGAACAGACUAGGGAGGCUGUUAAGGGACUGGAGUCCUUGUCGAAACAACCCCCUGGUGCGGCUGAUGAUGCAAUGAUGGAGGACUGGGUCAAGCAAUUUGAGGAGCUUGCAGGCUCUAAGGACAUGGAAUCUAUUAUGGAGACCAUGAUGCAACAACUUUUGUCUAAGGAGAUCCUUCACGAACCCAUGAAGGAAAUUGGAGAAAGGUAUCCAAAGUGGUUGCAAGAGCAUGAGAGCAGUCUGAGCAAAGAAGAAUACGAGCGAUAUGCGCACCAAUAUGAACUCAUUAAAGAACUUAAUGAAGUUUAUGAGAAUGAUCCUGGCAACUUCACCAAGAUAGUUGAUCUCAUGCAGAAAAUGCAAGAGUGUGGCCAACCACCAAAUGAUAUUGUGCAGGAGCUUGCUCCGGAUUUUGAUCUAGCUACUCUUGGUCAGAUAUCUCCAGAGAUGCUGGAAUCACAACCAAAUUGUUGUAUAAUGUGAAGCAAUCUCUUUCCACAUGAUCCAACAGGUAUUCUUUCAUAUGUCUGUGAGAAGUAAAAUUGUUUCGCUUGCCAAUCUUUCAAUUUCCUGAAGGAGUUCAGAGAUGUUUAAAGCUAAAGUUGUAUAUGAUAAUGGGUGUGUUUAUCCGGAGCCUAAAUUUAGACAAGAGGUUUGGGCUGCUGUUGCUAGGCUAAUACAACUAGCUCUUGUGAUUCUUUUAUAUCCACAAAGCCUGAAAGCAAUGAAUGAAGUAAUGAAUGAAUCAAUCACCAUUAUAUUGUGAUCUCUUGAAAUUGAUUUUUCAUUAACAUGAUGGUAAAUUCGUACUAUGAUUCUCUUCUGGCACUAGGAGACCUAUAAUAAACAAGAUUUGAUUUGAA